CAGCGCAGAGAGCUUCCUGGGUUGUAGCUGUCUGACACUCCAGGCGACAGUUUGGUUACCAGCCGUCCCGCAUUACAACGAGGGUCAUUUUCAGCCAGAACACAAGGAAUCCUGGCUCAUGGCGUUCAGAAAGGCCCUGAGACGGACAGCGGUGGUGGGAGGCGGGGCGGUCGCGGCGGCCUUCGGCCUGUCGCAGCUGAUGGAGUACAGGAAGACGCAGCCUGGAUUGGCUCGACUGGCUCACGUUGCAGCCGAGGCAGAGGUGAAGGUCCCCUAUGCGGACGAGCUGCCCUCCAGGCAGACCCAGCUCGAAGCUCUGCGAGACACUCCGGAGUUUGACGUUCUGGUUGUCGGAGGGGGGGCCACGGGAGCUGGAUGUGCCUUAGACGCUGUCACCCGCAACCUCAAAACUGCCCUUGUCGAAAGAAGUGACUUCUCUUCAGGGACGAGCAGCCGGAGUACGAAGCUCAUCCACGGUGGAGUGCGUUACCUCCAGAAGGCUAUCAUGAAGCUGGACUAUGAACAGUACAUGAUGGUGAAAGAGGCUCUGCAUGAGCGAGCCAACCUGCUAGAGAUUGCCCCUCACCUGUCAGCUCCGUUACCCAUCAUGCUUCCUGUUUACAAAUGGUGGCAGUUGCCUUAUUACUGGGCAGGGAUAAAGAUGUACGACUUGGUGGCUGGGAUCCACUGCCUGAAGAGCAGCUACGUUCUGAGUAAGUCCAAAGCCUUGGAGCUUUUCCCCAUGCUGAAGAAGGACAAGCUGGUGGGAGCCAUCGUAUACUAUGAUGGACAGCACAAUGAUGCCCGAAUGAACCUGGCUAUUGCGCUGUCUGCUGCUCGCCACGGCGCGGCCGUUGCCAACUACACCGAGGUGGUUUCCCUUCUGAAGUCCAAAGACCAGCAGACUGGCAAGGAGAGGGUGUGUGGCGCCCGCUGCAGAGACAUCAUCACACGGCAGGAGUUCGAUGUGAGGGCCAAAUGUGUGAUCAAUGCCACUGGACCCUUCACCGACUCCCUAAGGCAGAUGGACAAGCAGGAGAUCUCUAACAUCUGCCAGCCGAGUGCAGGGGUCCACAUCGUCAUUCCGGGAUACUACAGCCCCGACAACAUGGGCCUCUUGGAUCCAGCCACGAGCGAUGGUCGAGUCAUCUUCUUCCUGCCCUGGGAGAACAUGACCAUCGCCGGGACCACUGAUACCCCCACAAAUGUGACAGCCCACCCUAUACCUGGGGAGGAUGACAUCAACUUCAUCCUGAGGGAGGUUCGCAACUAUCUCAGCCCAGAUGUGGAAGUGCGGAGAGGAGACGUGUUGGCAGCUUGGAGCGGCAUCCGGCCCUUGGUGACCGAUCCCAACUCCAAAGACACCCAGUCCAUCUGCAGGAACCACAUUGUCAGCAUCAGUGACAGCGGGCUGGUCACUAUAGCAGGUGGGAAGUGGACGACCUACCGGUCCAUGGCCGAGGAGACGCUAGACGCAGCAAUAAAAUCCCAUAGCCUCUCAGCUGAACCCUGCAGGACGGUGGGUCUGAUGCUGGAGGGGGCCAAGGGCUGGACCCCAACCCUCUACAUCCGUCUGGUGCAGGACUACGGCUUGGAGAAGGAGGUCGCUCAGCAUCUGGCCUCAACAUAUGGUGCAAAAGCGUUUGAUGUUGCCAAAAUGGCGAAGGUUACAGGCCAAAGGUGGCCGAUUGUUGGGAAACGUCUAGUGUCUGAAUUCCCCUACAUCGAAGCUGAGGUCCUUUACGCAAUCAAGGAGUACGCCUGCACCGCCAUCGACGUCAUAGCUCGGCGGACGCGGUUAGGCUUCCUGAACGUGCAGGCGGCAGACGAAGCGCUCCCGCGGAUUGUCCACAUCAUGGGCAAAGAGCUGAACUGGACUCAAGAGAAGAGGACGGAGGAACUUGAAGCAGCAAAGACGUUUCUAUACCACGAGAUGGGCUACAGGUCCCGGUCGGAGCAGCUCACAAAGACAUCAGAGAUCAACCUGGACUACCAGGAAGUAGUCAGGUACAAGAACCGUUUCCAUAAGUUUGACAAAGAGUCCAAAGGCUUCAUCACCACUGUUGAUGUCCAGCGGGUUUUAGAGAGCAUCAAUGUCCAAAUCGACGAGAACGCGCUCCAUGAGAUCCUUAACGAGGUGGACCUCAAUAAGAACGGACAGGUUGAAAUCGACGAGUUCCUGCAGCUGAUGAGCGCCGUGAAGAAGGGACAGGUGUCCGACAGCCGCCUGGCCAUCCUCAUGAAGACGGCCGAGGAGACACUGGACAUAAGAGGGCCGGUGACGGUGGACCGCAGCGGCGGAGGAGUCUGAGCCUCAGAGUGUAUAUGCAAAUGGGCCAUUUGAAUCACAAUAAUGCAAUCAGGCUCGCAGUGGGAUGAGUUUGACCAAAUCAGACAACGUAUUUUGGGGGAAAUCGGAUCUAAUGAUUAAAGUCAGGGGGAUAAUUCUUGGGCCGGUGAUAGCACAAAGUGUUUCUUAGCAUAUCUAAAACAAAACCUUUUUGUAUUUGUUGUUUCCAGAAUCACUCCAUAUUUUACAGGAUCAACACUGAUUGUAGAUUAAAACGGUUUCAGAUCAGCUUUAUUUUAUGAAGCAACUAAUUUCUUACAACCCAAAUGUUUCUACUGAGGGAAGUAAGAUUUUCACAAGUUAAAGUUAACAUGCAUGUAAAUAUAUAUCAUUUAUUUUUGGCUUUUAUUGAUGCAUUUGACAAUAAUCUUAUUGGAUCAUAAGGUAUAAUUUCAAAGAGAAUACACGGCCAACGUUAGGGGACUUGAUGGAAAUGAAGAAAAUGCAGAGGCAUAAAUUCAGUCAGAUUUGUGUUCUAGGCUGAGAGGAAUUACGAUUUUUAUAUUUGCCUCAAUUCUAGUCAAUGUAAAUUUAAUUUGCCCAUGUACAUUCUGUGAAUAUAAGGCUUGACCCUAAAGAUACUAUACAGUAUUUUACAUCUUCUUUAAAUGUAUCAGAACAACCUCGUUUUAUUGUUUCCUGAGGCAAAAACAGCUCUAAGUAGUUGUUUUUACAGUGCAUGGUAAUUUAACGUAUAGCAAUAAAAACAUGUUUUAACGGAAAAAAAGACAUUUCCUUCAUCGCCUUUGACAUCAUUCAGAUGACUCAAAGUGUUUGUUUUCCAUAUGUAUUAUACUUUUCUCAGCAUGUCACGCUGCUGAAGGCCGCAGCCUUGCAACGGUACAAGAGAUUACCUCUGAUUGGCCAAAUGAGAUUCACGCUGUGACUCAUCACCAAGGUGAUCAAUUCGCUGUUUGGAUUGAUGAGAAAUGUAACAAUAGAGUCUUUUGAGGCCUGUCAUCUUCAUCUAAAAAAAAAAAACGUGCACUGUCUUUUUUAAAAAUAAGGAACAAAAUGUGCCCCGUAUUGAUUUUGGCACCAAACCGAGCUUUUAACGUAAAACGGCACGAUUCCGUAUUUUACAGGACGCUCAGCGAUACUACACCCACACACACACACACAACUAUUUGGUUAAAAUCUCCUAGUUUCAACCAUUUACAAUUAGUCCCGAUGUUAUUCAUACCCCUGGGAGAUUUAGGUUUAAAGUAAUUUUACCAACAUGUCUCUUUUGACUGGAAGUAAAUUUAAUGUCAUCACCAAAGAAAAAUCAUCUAAAUACCAGUGGAAACAUGCAACCAGCAGCUCAGCAGUUAUAAGAAGGGGCUGAUUGCUGUAAUGCUAAUACUAAAAUUACCAACUCUGUGUAUACAAUGCCAGGAAAACAAACUAUUUAAAUCCACCAAUUAUGGAAAGCAGAGUGGUCAAAUAUUCAGCUAGAAUUGUGCCCGAAGCUUGUUGAUGGCUACAAAAGGUGGAAAUUGGGAGUAAAUUCUAACUUGUGCACCCAGUUCUUGUUUUUAAAAAUCAUUGGGGUUGUAUGCUGUAUAACUGUACCACAGCUGAUUAGCUGCAUCAUCACAGCCCAAAACUAACAAGGCCUUCAGGCUGAUAAAGCAUGGACACAUUUAUUACCACUAUGUAAGCACUUUCAGUCCCUGUUUCUUUAAGGCCAAGCCUCCUGCUCUCUGAUUGGUUGGUUCCCUGAACCCUCCAGAAGGUUUAUGAGUUGAAUCAACUAACAGGAAAGAGUCGGAGAUCUCAACUUUUGCCUCACAAUCGUUAUUCUUACUUAAACCUCUUUAAUUAUUUUAAACUUUAAACGUGUUUUAUACAAACAUAAAAUAUUUACAUUAGCAGAACUGUUCGGCUUUAACUCAUUAGUGUUCCAGAUUCAGGCAGUGUUAUAGCUUUGUUUUUAUCUCAACCUUACCUAAUACAUCUCUGCCGGCAAGUCAACAGGAGUGACGUUUUAUGGAAAAAAUUAUCGCAAGUCUCUUCACACAAACAUAUUUUUCAGAAGUGAUGUGGCUGAAUGAUAUACCUAGAAGCACAAUUUAACUUCAAACGUUUAUCAAGCACUCCUGUUGCCCUAUUUUGCUUUUAGUCUAUUACAUUGCCUACUGAUGUUUACAGGCUUUCAGCUUUUGAUUUUAAUAUUUUUUUACUAGUUAUUUAUUCUUCUCUUCACUACAGCUGUUCACAGCAGUUCACUUACAAAGGGUUUUAUUUAAAUAAAAGAGGGAUCAUAGGUGAAGCUUCUUUGUUGAAGCAAUGGUCCAAAUUAUUCGCUACCACUGUGGGAUGCCAAAAGUGUCAAAAUGUGAUUUAAAAAACAUGAACUCAGUAUUUAUAUUUCAUAAUUAAAAAUAACAAAUGUAUUUUAAAUGAUUAAAAAAAUAUAUAAAUAAAGAAAUAAUUAAAUGUGGAAUACCUUAAAAUAUUAUUUGAAGUCCUGUAUAAUUAUUUAAUUAGUUUCAAGGUUAAUUUGAUGCAGUGCACAGUGAAAUAUUUCAAAUAGGUUCAACUAUUAAAUUUUAAUAUCAAACCAACUGCAUUUUUUUAGAGCUGUAUUAGUCCCGCCCACAAUAUAAAUUCAAAUAUGUUGCACCACCUCAUUUUCAAAUUAUUAUAAUUUAAUAAUGAAUUAUUUACAGUACAAAUUUAGUAAAAUAUACUUUCUUGUUAACCAAUUAAACAUAUUAUUUAUAAGACCUUUGUUUAAUUACACAUUUAUUAAGUAAUGUUGUUUAGCGAUUUGCAUAUUUGUGAUUUGUGGCACGUUUGGACCUCCCUACUAAAUGCUUCAAAUUGAAUGAAAAUAUGUGGAGUUUUUCUCUUUCAUUUCCAUGCUUCUGGUCCAUAACGAUGAUUCUGCAUGUUGGCUGAUGUUUUAUUGAAUGUGCAGCUUUUUUCAGGUGUAACAAUGUUUUAUGCAGUGAUGAAUGUAUGCCAUGUGCCUUCACUAUGAUUUUAUUGUCUCACAGAGCGCACAAAAUCUACAAAAUGUUUGUAUAUGAACAUUUGUUACAUAAAUAACCAUUUAUAAA